AUGGCAAGGUUAUUUUUAUUGAUAAAUAUUUUUAUCUUAUUAUUAAGUCAAAUUGAUUGUCGUUAUGCUGAUUGGGAAGAAGUCAAACCAUAUUGUAAAAUUCGUCCAAAUCCUCAAUGUUGUGCUAGUCGAGAUGAUGAUUGUUUUAUGCCUUAUUAUGAUUCUCGGUGUUAUUGCGAUAAUUUUUGUUUUCGUGGUAUUGAUAAUCAUGAUUGUUGUCCUGAUCAUGAUCAAGUAUGUCAAGGAAUUAAUAUAACAGCAACAACAUUAGCACCUAAACCAAGUGGUACAUGUUAUGAUUCAUUUACAAAUAGACAAUAUGCAUUAGGUGAUUCAUUUUUACGUGAUUGUAAUUUAUGUCGUUGUCAAACACUUGGUUUUGAAACAAAAUUAUCAUGUGACGAAGAUUUAUGUAUAAAUAGUGAUGUACUUAUAUCAGAUUAUAAAACACAACAACCAUAUCUCGGUUUUGAGGUUAAACAAUAUCCUAAAUUUAAUGGUGUUAAAGUAAAAGAUGCAUUAAAAAUUUAUCUUGGUACAUUACCAGAUCCAAGUUUACGUCAUAUGGUUGAUAAUGCACCUGAUGAUCCAAAUGAAUAUCAUCGUAUGGAGGAAGUUAAUGCAUAUGACGUUCGUACAAAUCCAUCAUAUGCUGGUAAAAUACGUGGUAUUCGCGAUCAAGGUAAAUGUGGUAUAUCAUGGGCAUUAUCAACUGUUGAUGUUGCUGCUGAUCGUUUAUCACUUGUGCAAAAUAUAAAACUACCAAAUGAACCUUUAAGUGUACAGAAUAUUCUUUCAUGUACAGAUCCAGAAGCUAAAGAUGGUUGUGAAGGUGGUCGUGUCACUUAUGCAUGGGGUUUUAUAAAAGAUCGUGGUGUUGUUACAGAAAAUUGCUAUCCAUAUGAAAGUGGUACAACAGGUAAUAUAACUGAAUGUAAACUCCGUUUAUCUAAUGAAGAUUUACAAAAUAUUGCCCAACAUCGUAAGAUAACAAAUUUGAAUUGUCCAUCACGUGCUCGAGGUGAGCAUUUUAAUUUUGGCCCUGCUUAUCGUAUUCGUAAAGACGCAAGCUCAGUUAAAUAUGAAAUACAUUUUCGUGGUCCUGUACAAGCAACAAUGCGUGUUACACCAGACUUUUUCUUAUAUAGCUCAGGUGUUUAUCGUUGUGGUGGUGCAAGUUAUGCAAAUCAAAAUCCUCGUUAUGCUAAUUUGUUCGGUUAUCAUUCAAUUCGUUUACUUGGUUGGGGUACACAGGUUAAUCGAAAUACACACAAAGAAGAAAGUUAUUGGAUUGCAGCUAAUUCAUGGGGUACUGGCUGGGGUGAGAACGGAUAUUUUCAUAUACUUUUUGGUGAAUGUGAAGUUCAAGAUACAGUUAUUGCAACUUAUGGUAAAUCAACUGAUGUACUUAAGAAGAAAAAUAGACGACAAUAA